UCCAGACAGCACUUUAGAGCUCUAAAAUAUCAGACAUGGAUGGCCUUCCACAAAAUGGCUCCACGCAUAGUGUAAUAUCAACAUACAAACGGUGACUUCAAGGAAACAUCUUCCUGUUCAGAUAUAGAUUCAGCAGGGAGCCUUUCCAUUGCUCUUUUAAUUUAACCUUUCAUGCAGUGCCGCACCUUCCUUUAAUCCGCGAGAUGAUGGAAAAGCUGAAACUGGAGCUUUGUAAGAACAGCCCAGGGGAGUGCGAGUCUCCCCGUCACGACUCUCACAAGGCCAGCGAGACGUGUGAAAACCAGGAAAGCACGACCGACCCGGACAAGAGACCUGGCGAAGGCGUCCCCGGGGACCAUCAAAAUGGGACUAUCCUCAUAAACGGAGUUACCAAGGAAACGGCUUACCCUGCCAACGAGCUCAAAAAGGAAAUGCCAGUGAUCGAGUUGGCCAGGAGAGGAGGGAGCUUGGAUAUAAAAGGAAGGGAGCAGAAAGGAGACAUCACCCAGAAGGUGCAGACCACCGAGCUGUGCAGACCGCCGAUACCCUUACCUCUGCCUCCGCGGGAUCCGGCGUGCGAAACUCGGAUGGUGCAGCUGAGCCCUCCCGCUUUCCCUCUCCCGGCCAGAGCGAUGCUAUACAGUAACGUGGCGCAGCCCCUCGCCACCAUUAACAGCGCUUUUGGUGGGGAGCCUGAUCAAUACGGCAUGUUCCCCAACAACCGGGUGAAACGCAGACCGGCGCCCUAUGAAGUGGAAAUGAGCGAUGGCCCGCAGCCCAAAAUCGUCCGGCGGAUUUUCACCAACAGCCGAGAGCGCUGGCGGCAGCAGAACGUGAACGGGGCCUUCGCCGAGCUGCGCAAGCUCAUCCCCACGCACCCCCCGGACAAGAAGCUCAGCAAGAACGAGAUCCUGCGGCUGGCCAUGAAGUACAUCAACUUCCUGGCCAAGCUCCUGAGCGACCAGGAGGACGUGGAGGAGACGGGGUCACGCACGCGAGAGGUCCGGGAGGCGGGGCUGGUCCGGGAGGACCUGCUGCAGGACAUGCUGUCCCCCAACUCCAGCUGCGGCAGCCUGCUGGACGGGGACGGCAGCCCGGAGAGCUUCACCGAAGACCAGGACUCUGUGGAGUCCCGGCCUGCUGCGAGGAACCUGCACCACGCUAUCAUGCCACUGGAGGGCAGCACUCAGCGAUGAUGGACUCCCAGCAGCCUCCGAGAGGGAGAAAGAAAAAGAAAAAAAAAACAGUAAAGAGCUGUAAAAAGGCCCCUGGCAGAACCAGCAAGUCCAACUGCAUUUUGUAUCUUUAAGGUAUUCUGCUGGGCACUGUAGAUAACCUUUCUAGUGACAGAGUGCGACGGUCUAGGAUUGUUCUUGUGACCACCUGACACAUUCCUAAACCUGUGGGAUAUUUUUGUGUUUAUAGAGUAAUUUCUCUUUCUCUCUCACAAUCUUUCCUUUCUUGGAGCCUGAACGGCUAAUACAGUGGACAGUGGUACUUGUUACUCAUGAUGGUCACUUUGGACAAGGCCAGAAGGGAGACAGCAUACAAAGAACUGUAUCCAACACCCUGGCCCUUCUGACUGAUUCUGAAUGACAGGUCUUUCGGCUGCUGUUCUAAGCAGAUCUCGGCCUGCCAGGAAUUUUGGCACAUUGUAGCGGGAUACCAAUGGAGCCCAGAUCAAAACGGGACACUUUUUGUCUUAAAUGGUACCUGUUCUUGCCCCUUUCCUCAAUUUCCCCCAAAAGGGUACACUGUACAGCUAAACUUUGAGUGCUUAAAUGAAUCUGACGCUACAUUCAGAUGUCUACUGAAUGGUGCCGCGUCGGUACAAUGUAAAUAUAUGGCCAGAGCAGUUUGCUUUUUACGAACAGGACAUGGCGUCCUGUUUAAGGGUAGAAAUGAUCUCAGAAGUGAUGUACACAUAUACAGAUAUUAUAAUAUCUGCGUGCAAAUUUUACAACCCUUUUUUUAAAAACUGUUUACUAUUACUGUUGACACAGGAUAUGCUUUACCAUAGGAUAUGAGUCUAAACUGUUUUUUUGGUUGAAUAUUUAACUUUACUGCAUAGAUUCCUAAGAUAUCCGAGCGCAGUUAGUAUAUUUUAUCAUAAAGGAAUGCUUAAUAAUUAAGGUGUAAAUAACGGUACCACUAUAUUAGCAACAUCAGUGUCCCCCUUCCUGAGCUUGAUUGGAGCUGCUGAUCAUCUUGUACAAACUGAUCUUGUGCCAUCACUAAGGAACCCCUCGCAACUUAUUUUGUGCUUUCGUCUGAAUAUUGGAUACAUUACUUUUUACUCUGAGAAACUCCAUCUGGUGCAGACAACCCUCCAGUGUUAGACAAAGGAAUCUGGUGAAAAAUUACCUGCUUUCACAUUUUGUAUUUAUUAUUGAGAGCAGUCCGUUCUUACAAGGAGGUCUUGUAAGGAACAAGCCAACUUAUCUAUUUCAAAAAUUGAAUACAAUUUGAACUUAAGAUACAAUAUCUUUUUGUAUCAGUAACUCUCAAACUCUUAACCACACUUUGAAAUGACCAUAUUUCCUAUGUAAAAUUCACGCAUUUGUGUUAUGGCGAAACUGGCUGUUUUUUUAGAGUCCAUUUUUCUGCUUGACUCUGUCCUCUUGUCUGAUUUUCCCAGCUGCAUUCUUUGUUGUGAGCUGCUUCGUAGGAUCAGGCAGACACGGUAUCAACAGAACACGCUGGGAAAUCAGUUUUGUUAAGACAAGCCAUCUCAUUCUACAGGUUCAAGGAUUCUUGCUGCAUAAGGAUUGAUCAGUUAUUCUGGAUGAUUCAUCUUUGUUUUCAAUGAGAGAUGGAAACAAGCUUAUUGACCAUUUCUAGGACUGCCUCAAGUCAGCAUCUUGAACUGUAGCCUUUCCACAGGCACAACAUAACAAAAGUCAUUUGAAAUCCUUCUGAAAAAAUGAUUUUUUUGGUGUUUCAUGCAUUUUGAAAUUUCACCAGAUGAUUUCCACAAGCAAAAAGCAGUUGACAAGCUCAUGCCAGACAUGUAGCUAUGAAUGAACCAGAGGAAAGAUGAAAAAAAUGCCGGUGUUGUGUGUAGUCCACUUGAGACAAGCAAGAGGUAGAGCCAACUGCUUUUCAAAGCACUCCUUUAACAAAAAUAAGGUAAUCAAAUGAUAAAUUAAUAAAAAAAACUGCAUAAAAUUCCUAUUCUCCUAAUAGCUUUGAAUGCAAAGUAGCAGUUUUUGUUUAAAAAAAGCAAACAGUGUUUGUGUGCUAGUGCCAAGAACUUUGUUUUCAUUUUUUGGAAGGGAAGGUUAUUUUGAAACAUAAGAGGUACAAGCAAUCUGCUUUGGUGUACUUAUGAAAAAACCCCGAGAUGUAUGUAUUUAACAAUGAAAAAAUGUCAGUUUGUCCCUUUCUUGUGGAUUAAUAUGGUACAUUAAGUUAGCCACAACCCCUCCUCCCUCUCCCAUCUGUGGAAGAGAUAAGCCCUUCCACCCCACGCCUUCAUUCAGUAAGUGUUUUUACUGUACUGUAUGUGAUCAUGUUCGUUUCUGCUUUUUUGCAGACGUCUGAGUAACUAGUUCUGGUACCUUUACGUUUUUACAUUCUAGACAAAAAGGGUGGGGAGGAAGGGGGGACAUUUUAAUGUACCAGUCAGUAGAACACAUUUGUUGUUAAAAUGACUAUAAAUAUAUAUCUAUGAAUAUAUGCAACGUUAUAUCUCACAGAAUUUUAUACAAAAAUAAA